AUGGUCGACGCUUCGAAUCGGUGGUAUAUGGAAGCCGAACCUCCUUUCGGCUGCAUCCGUCGUCGUCGUCGUUGUCGUCGUCGUGGCGGCAUCCGAGACGAGAUCGAGCGCCUUGUUGCCGAGCGCUUGCAUUUGGCGCACGAGCUCGACAUCCUUGUGCGUGAGGCUCUGCACGUUGGCAAUGUGCGUUCGUGGUAUUACGAGCAGAUGGAUGGCUGCACCGGGCGAGCGAUCGGAAAAGCAAAUCAGCUCGUCGUCUUGCAGCACGAUUCUGAAGCGGUCCGGUGUGACGUUGCAAAAGACGCAUUUGGCCGGAUUGACGUUGUCUACCUCUCGAUGUCCUGCGUGUGGUAUCAAAUCGCUGCUGCCUUGCGCCUUGAGAGGCGGUUCCCUGGAUCGUCCGAAGCAAUUGCUGAAGAGCGACGACAUGUCAGAGACUGCAAGUCUCCUCGUCCAAGGCUGAACGGCACAGGUCGACAAGGUGCACGAUGCUUCGCUUCGUCGUCAAAGCUGCGUCUCGACUCGCAACCCAACGCUUCGGCCAGCAGCUCACAUAGUCAGCCAUCGACGCCUGCACCAUCGUCGGUCCACGCCUCCGAGAUCGAGCACUUUAGUCGACUUUCUUCCAAAUGGUGGGAUGAGCAUGGCGAGUUUGGUCUGCUUCAUGCUAUGAAUCCGGCGCGCAUCCAAUUCCUUCGCGAAAAGCUCGACGAGGUAUGGGGCUACGAACUAGCCCGGCGUCAAGUCGAUGCUCGUCGAUCCAGCACAUCAGACGCGGCAACUCCUUCAGCAUCAACAUCAGCGUCGCAAGCACGCAGUCCAUUGCAAAACCUAGGCUCGACGCAGUUCCUUCGCGGUCUCGACGUAGCCGACGUCGGGUGUGGCGGUGGACUGCUCUCCGAAUCGCUCGCUCGACUAGGAGCACGAACCACGGGCGUCGACGCAAGCGCUAGCAACAUCGGCAUCGCCACCACCCACGCCGCACGCGAUCCGCUUCUCUCCCGCCCGCACUCUCUCGGCGGUCCUUCGCUCACUUACCUCCACACCACCGCCGAAGACCUCGUCGCGCAGAAUCGCACCUUCGACAUCGUCUGCGCCAUGGAGGUGCUCGAACACGUCAACGGUCCCGCCGAUUUCCUCCGCUCGCUCGACAGCCUCGUCAAACCCGGUGGACACCUGUUCAUGUCCACCAUCGCGAGAACCCCGCUCUCGUGGUUUCUGACGAUCUUCAUGGCGGAGGACGUGCUUCGUCUCGUCACUCCGGGAACACAUACCCAUCGACAGUACAUCAACCCGAGCGAGUUGGUCGACUUCUUCCAGCAUGAUCUCAAGUGGUACGCACAGGGUACGGAAUUGCCACAGAGGUUGCGCUUUGAGGUCAGAGGUACAGCGUAUCUGCCUUGGAAGGGGACCUGGACGUUGGCCAAGUCGGGGACGGAUUUGCCGGGUACGCAGGAGUGCAACUACUUUUUCUGGGCUAGGAAGCCGCUCGACUCGUAA